GAGUUUCUUUUCCUCCAAGACCCACGUCAUCGUCUUUCAGCACCAUCUCCUCCCUUGCUUAAACCCUAAACCCUCAACAGACCUACACUCUUCCAUCAAUGGCAUCAUCUUCUUCUCUUCCUUAACCUCUUUCAAAAUUAAAAAACACUACCAAAUUUUCUCUCUACCUUUCCACAUAAACAAUGACUGCACUAAAGCUCUCUUCCUGCGCAACAAUGGCGGCGACGGCGGCGGCGACAGUUUUUUCAACAUCUUCUAAUCAAUCUUUCGCCGAUGGUUCUUGGUACAAUCCUUUCUCUUACUCUCGCUCUCCGUCGGAAAAUGACUCAAAAUCCGAUGAUAAAUCUUCUCCGACGCCGGCGAAUACGUCCUCCGACGAAGAAUCGAGUGGUCGUUCUUCAGGAUUCGAUCCCGAAGCGUUGGAGCGAGCUGCCAAAGCUCUUCGUGAAAUUAACAAUUCACCGUUAUCUAAAGAUGUUGGUAUAUCGUGUAAUGAGAGAGCAAGAGAAAACGAGACAAUCUGAAUUGGAGGCUGAGAAGGCGAGAAAUGAUGUGGUUCAAAUCAACCUUGACUUGGAGAGGCAACGAAGUAUGGCUGAAGAACAGAGACAAUUGUAUCAACAACAAUCCCAGGUGAAAGCCCAAAUAAUGCGACAAGAAGAUGAAAUGGCCAGACAUAGAAUGCAGCAAGACCAUGAAACUCAGAGGCGAAAUCUUGCUGAACUGGUAAAUAUGCAAGAGAUGUCUUCCUUGCGUCAAGAACAAGCAAGGCAGGCUACUGAGGAGCAGAUUCAGGCUCAACAGCGCCAAACUGAGAAAGAGAGGGCUGCGAUUGAACAAGAGACUAUACGGGUCAAGGCCAUGGCAGAAGCUGAAGCCCGAGCUCAUGAAGCAAAACUGACUGAGGAUCAGAAUAGGAGAAUGCUUGUAGAUAGGGUGAAUGGUGAAACAGAAAAGUGGCUUGCAGCAAUUAAUACAACUUUUAGUCAUAUUGAAGGGGGUCUUAGGGUCUUAUUGAAUGACAGGAAUAAGUUAUUUAUGACAGUUGGUGGUGUCACAGCUCUUGCUGCAGGAGUGUAUACAACUAGAGAAGGUGCUAGAGUUACUUGGGGUUACGUCAAUCGCAUGCUAGGGCAACCGUCUUUAAUUCGAGAGUCAUCAAUGUCCAAGUUCCCUUGGUCUGGACUUGCUUCACGAGGAAAGCGAAAUUUGUUCACUUAUGCUACUCCCGCUGAGGCUGCCAAAGGGUCAACAGUUAGAUCUGGAUUUGAAAAUGUUGUUCUUCAUCCAUCAUUACAGCGGAGAAUUGAACAACUUGCACGAGCUACCACCAACACCAAAGCCCACCAGGCACCCUUCCGCAACAUGCUUUUCUAUGGGCCUCCAGGCACGGGUAAAACUCUGGUUGCUAGAGAAAUAGCCAGAAAGUCGGGGUUAGAUUAUGCAAUGAUGACCGGAGGAGAUGUUGCACCCUUAGGCCCGCAAGCUGUUACGAAGAUCCAUGAAAUUUUUGACUGGGCUAAAAAUUCUAAGAAAGGCCUGCUGCUUUUCAUUGAUGAGGCUGAUGCGUUCCUUUGUGAGCGGAACAGCACAUACAUGAGCGAAGCUCAGCGAAGUGCUCUCAAUGCGUUGCUUUUUCGAACAGGAGACCAGUCAAGAGACAUAGUUCUUGUGCUCGCCACCAACAGGCCAGGCGAUCUUGAUAGCGCUGUCACUGAUCGAAUUGAUGAUGUGAUUGAAUUUCCACUUCCUGGGGAAGAGGAGCGUUACAAGCUACUGAAGCUCUAUUUGAACAAAUACCUUUCUGAUGAGGGCCGAGGCGAAACCAAGUCUAAGUGGGGCCUGGUUACCAAAAUCAAAAUGAAGCCUCAAAUUAUUACCAUCAAAGAUCUCUCAGAUGAUGUGAUUCAUGAGGCGGCUAAGAAGACAGAAGGGUUUUCAGGCCGUGAGAUAGCAAAGCUCAUGGCUAGUGUUCAAGCCGCUGUUUAUGGGCGGCCAGACUGUUCUUUGGACUCACAACUAUUCAAGGAAAUUGUUGAUUACAAGGUUUCUGAGCAUUACCAGCGAAUAAAGCUGGCCACUGAAGCUGGGCAGCCUGCUUAAGUACUUGUCUUACUGUUGGCUAUCCUUGGGCUUUUCUUAGGUCGAAAUAUUUUUGAAUAAACUGAUGAAUGUAUGCAUAUCGCUGUAAAUUGAUCGAUUCAUUGAAGAGCAGAUCUUUUGAUAUCUUACUAGAGUAGACAGUGUAGAAUCCAGUAUUCUCUUGUUUCUAUUGGCAAGAAAUUGAGGCAUACAAUCGUGGCGUUUAUACUAAUGUUUUUCAUCUA